GAAUGAGGACGUCCACAUUAUAAUUUCCAUACGCCCUUUGUUUCCCGUAAAAAUUAGAUCCGAUUCAUAGUUGUCACCUCCAUGACGACAGCGAGCUUCUCUUCUCUUCUCUGCUGCCCUACACAACUGAAAACGCAAUGAAUAUGCUGGUUUAGGGUUUUCCAAUCAAAACUCAAACGAACCCAUGAAGCUUCACAAGGACUACUAUGGCUACUACUAUCCCAACCAGUCUCAGAGAGCCGCUUUAGCUGGCCUUUUGGUGGUCCUCUUUCCGGCCUUCUUCCCAAAUCUCUUCGGCCCAUUAGGCCGUGCCUCUCCUUCCAUCUUCUCAGAGUGGAAUGCUCCAAAGGCCAGACAUUUGCAUCUUCUAAAUCCAGCUUUACUUCUCCAAUCUUCUGUUGAGCAACAGAGCAAGCUAUGGUCUCCACUGCCCAACCAAGGAUGGAAACAUUGUCUUGAAGAGCCUAAAAGUCUAUCAUUGACACCAAAAGGAUCUACUGGGUAUAUUCAGGUGUUCCUUGAUGGAGGCUUGAACCAGCAGAAAAUGGGGAUUUGUGAUGCAGUUGCUGUUGCCAAAAUUUUGAAAGCCACGUUGGUUGUUCCACACCUUGAAGUUAAUCCUGUGUGGCAAGAUUCGAGUUCCUUUGAGGAAAUUUUUGAUUUGGAUCACUUUAUUGAAGUCCUACGCGAUGAAGUUUCUAUAGUUAAAGACCUGCCUAGUGAAUUUUCUUGGAGCACUAGGGAGUAUUAUGCUACUGGCAUUCGGAUUACUAGAAUAAAAACAGCACCUGUCCAUGCUUCUUCUGAUUGGUAUCUGGAAAAUGUCUUGCCCGUAUUGCAGAGAUACGGAGUUGCUGCUAUUUCCCCAUUUUCUCAUCGUUUGACUUUUGAGAACUUACCCAAAAACAUCCAGCGCCUCCGUUGUAAAGUCAACUUUCAAGCUUUAGCCUUUGUUCCUCAUAUCAGGGAAUUGGGAGAAACCCUUGUUAAUCGUCUCCGCUACCCUCCUAAUAGAAACCAAGGCGCAGCAAGUGACUCACAGGACGGAACAAAUCAAAUUGAGAAACAGGGAGCUGGGAAAUUUGUUGUUUUGCAUCUUCGCUUUGAUAAAGAUAUGGCUGCUCAUUCAGCCUGUGAUUUUGGUGGUGGUAAAGCUGAGAAACUCGCCCUUGCAAAAUAUCGGCAAGUAAUUUGGCAGGGUAGGGUUCUAAAAUCUCAGUUUACAGAUGAGGAGUUGAGAAAUCAGGGGCGUUGCCCAUUGACUCCUGAAGAGAUUGGGUUGCUCCUAGCAGCUUUGGGCUUCAACAAUAGUACCCGGCUCUAUCUUGCUUCUCACAUGGUUUAUGGCGGAGAAGCAAGGAUCUCAACUUUGAGAAGAUUAUUUCCACUAAUGGAAGACAAGAAGAGUCUUGCCUCUGCAGAGGAAAGGGCCAAAGUUGAAGGCAAGGCUUCUCUUUUAGCCGCAGUUGACUAUUAUGUGAGCAUGCAAAGUGACAUCUUCAUCUCUGCUUCUCCCGGGAAUAUGCACAAUGCACUGGUCAGUCAUCGCGCUUACAUGAACUUGAAGACUAUUAGACCAAGCAUGUCAUUGUUGGGAAAGCUUUUCGUGAAUAAGAGCAUGGAAUGGUCAGAAUUCCAACAUGCUGUUCUGGAUGGGCAUAAAAGUAGACAAGGGCAGAUUAGGUUGAGGAAGGAGAAGCAGUCCAUAUAUACAUAUCCUGCUCCUGAUUGCAUGUGUCGAGCUUAAUUGAAAUCAAUUUCGGAGGCUGUGGUUUUGCUUUGAACGUCUGUCAUUAUUGGCAAGUAAUUUUUGUAGGUCAGCUACUUAUGAGUAUUGGAGUUAUCCAGUCUCAUUGCUGUAUAGGCUUCAUUUGAGCUCGUAAGUGUAUAGUCUGCUUUCAACGCAUAUCAGGACAAGCAUUGAUUCUCACCAACAGAAUGACAAACCCACACUUAUCCU